UUUAGAUCUAUUUGGAUAUGGCUCAACCGAUAGAAAAAGGAAACGUUCAGAGGAAGAUUCUACAAAGGACGAAAAUUUAAAAGUAAAACAAAGAAAAUUGAACCGAGAUCCUAUAAGAGCAUCGAAAAAGAGACCUAUAGUGAUAAAACAAGGGUUCAAAGUCAAUGAUCUUGAUACUG